AUGUCAGACUACGAGGAAGAAGUGGAUGAAAAUCCUAUUGCGGACAUAGAUGAGUACAUAGAGGAUACAAAUGCUAUUGUACCUCCGGUUGUUGGUGCUUCAACUUUCAAAGUGGAACAUGGUCUAAUCCUAAUGCUCAAAGCGGAGGGGUUUUUCAGGAAUUCCACUGAUGAUGAUCCAACACAACACCUUAGGAACUUCUUGGGAGUAUGUGUUAUGCAUAAGCAGAACAAUGUCUCAGAUGAUGCCCUAAGGUUGAGGGUGUUCAAGUACUCACUAGAUGGAGACGCAAGGAGGUGGCUCCAAAACCUGCCACCAAAUUCCAUCCGUUCUUGGCCUGAACUUGACCGAGCAUUUUUAGCUAAAUGGUUCCCACAAAGCAACAAGUCUGAACUUCAGGAUAAAAUUUUCUUCUUCAAGCAACACCCGGGGGAACAUCUACAUGAGGCAUGGGAUCGAUUUAAAUUAUAUUUGGUGAGGUCUCCCAAUCAUGGUUUUCCGGACUCUAUCUUGUUGGAUAAAUUCUACAUGGGUUUGGACCCUAUGAACCAAUCUAUAGCGAAGAAUGCAGCUGACGGAUAUUUUAUGGACAAAUCAUUCGCAAGGGUCACACAAAUACUUGACAAAAUGGCAAAACAUAAUCAAGCUUGGCACUCUGAGGAUACCACAAGUGGAGUUGCAUAUGGUUCUCCUUCCUCGACCAACCUGAUUAAGGAAAAUCAAGAGAGAGAUCAAGUAAUCGCAGGGCUUGCCACAAAUGUCAAUGUGUUGACAAAAAUGUUCACUGAAAGCCAAACAAAGAAGGUGAAUGUGGUGGAGGAUGUGCAACCCAUAUCAAAUGAAGAUUUUGAGGAAGCAAACUACAUCAAAAACUCUCAAGGAGGGUAUCAAAGGCAACAAUACCAAGGUCAAGGACAACAAAAUCAAUGGAGGCCUAACCCGCAAGGGCAAGGGAACAAAAUCCGAAGCAAAAAAGGGACACUUCCAAGUGAUACAAUUGCGAACCCAAAGGGUAGUGGGAGUGGUCCAACUUCUCACAUCAUGGCAAUUACUACUCGGAGUGGGAAGGUACUACAAGGAGAGGGUGAACAAGUGAUUGAAGUAGAUGAGUCCGAACAAGGGGUUGAGGUUGAAGAGCCAAGUGUUGUCGAAGUUGAAAAGAUUCCGGAAGAUUUGCAAGUGCAAAAAGAGAACCGGGAAGAGGUAAAGGAAAAGGUAGAAGAGAUACCAAAAACUCUUCCACCUAUUCCUAGACCUCCUCCUCCAUUCCCUCAAAGACCUGUGAGGAAGUUUGAUGAUAGCAAACUCGAAAAGUUCUACGACAUUCUCAAGCAAUUAUCGGUGAAUAUUCCAUUUGUGGAAACAUUUCAAGAGAUGCGGGGUUUGCUAAAUAUUUGA